GAUCUCGGAUUGAUCCUUCGCUGCUCGUCGAUUCAACAAUAAGAACCACAUUUGAAUUGUUAUAUCUUGAAUUGAUAAUCACGACUGGUAAAAUGUGUAUUAUUGAAUUGGAAUUAGACUAGUUCAACUAGGUGGCUGGGAUAUAUUUUAAUCGUCUAGCUGUCUAGAUUAAUUCACGUUUUGUUUGUAUGUAGCAUUAAUGCCGGGGUGUGUCUUUGUGAGUGAUCGGUGAAAUGGCUGAGCAGGGAGUUCUCCUGGACCAGGGCCAGUUCUGCUGCUCUAUCUGCCUGGAUUUACUGAAAGAGCCGGUCACUAUCAACUGUGGACACAGUUACUGUAGCAACUGUAUUGAGGACUCCUGGGAUAAGGAUGACCCAACGGGUGUCUACAGCUGUCCCCAGUGUAGACAUACCUUCUCCCCAAGGCCUGCUCUGAUGAAGAAUAGCCUGCUAGCCAUGGUGGUCGGGAACAUGAAGAAGACAGGGCUCCAGGCUACUUCUCCUGCUCUGUGCUUUGCUGGACCUGGAGAUGUGGAAUGUGAUUUCUGCAAUGGGAGAAAGCAGAAAGCUCUCAAGUCAUGUCUGGUGUGUCUAGCCUCUUACUGUGAGACUCAUCUCCAGCCUCACUAUAAUGUAGCUCCAUUGAUGAAGCACAAGCUGGUCAAAGCCACCACACAAUUACAGGACAAUAUCUGCUCUCAUCAUGACAAACUGAUGGAGAUUUUCUGCAGGACCGAUCAGCAGUGUAUCUGUUAUCUGUGUACCAUGGAUGAACAUAAAGGCCAUGAUACAGUCUCAAUCACUGCAGAAAAGACUGAGAAACAGAAGCAGAUAGGGACAAGUCAGCAGAAGGUCAACCAGAGAGUCCAGGAGAGGGAGAAAGAGUUGAAGGAACUGCAACAGGCUGUGGAGUUUCUCAGCCGCUCUGCACAGGCAGCAGUGGAAGAAAGUGAGAGGAUCUUUACAGAGUUGAUUGACUCCAUUGAGAGAAGGCGCUCGGAGAUGAAGGAGCUGAUCGUAGCCCAGGAGAAUUCAGCUGUGAGUCAAGCUGAAGCCCUCAUGGAGCGUUUGGAGCAGGAGAUCACUGAGCUGAAGAGGAGAGAGAUUGAGCUGGAAAAGCUGACACACACAGAGGAUCACAUCCAUUUCCUGGAGAGUUAUCAGUCUCUCGCCAGUCCCAGUGUAUUUUCAGACUUGCCCACCAUCGAUGUCCGUCCUCUUCAGUACUUUGAGGAUGUGAGUGAGGCUGUGUCUAACCUGAGAGAGAAACUGGAGGGCAUCUUGAAGAGAGAAUGGUGCAGAAUCUCCACCAGAGUGAAUCUAGUGGAUGUUCUACACCCACCCGAGCCCAAGACCAGAUCUGACUUCUUACAAUAUUCAUGUCGGCUCACCCUGGACGCAAACACGUUAUACAGACAACUCUUUCUGUCUGAGCGGAACAGAAAGGUGAAACUGAAGCGCAAAGGCUACUCCUACCACAGUAGUCCAGACAGAUUCACUCAAUUGUGUCAGGUGCUGUGCAGGGAAGGUCUGUCUGGGCGCUGUUACUGGGAGGUGGAGUGGAGUGGGUGGAAGAUUUAUGCAGGCGUUUCGUAUAAAGACAUCAGCCGAUCUGGGCCUGCGGAGGAUUGUCAAUUUGGACACAAUGACAAGUCCUGGAGUUUAGAGUGCUGUAGUAAUGGUUACUUCUUCCGACAUAAUAAUGUAAAGACUGAAGUGGCACGCCCUCAGUCCUCCAGAGUAGGAGUGUACCUGGAUCACCAGGCGGGCACUCUGUCCUUCUACAGUGUCUCUGACACAAUGACCCUCCUCCACAGUGUCCAGACCAGAUUCACGCAGCCCCUCUAUCCUGGGUUCUGGCUGCAUUGCUUUAAGACCACAGCUGAGUUAUGUGAGUUAGACUAGAGUCCUAUGUCAGUGAUGCUUUACCCUACUAUUAUGUGAGUUGUUUAUCAGAUAUAAAACUUUCCUUCUAUGAAUCUCAGAGGAUUGACUCUCACAGAUUGAGCUCUCUGUAGUCUAGAUAGAAUUUGAGGUUAUUUUCCCCAAAUUGUAGGAUGUUUAAAAUCAAGUAGUCAAGUUAAUCAAAUGUCUGUGUUAGUCAGACAAUCCAUAUCACUAGUGAGAUUUUACUUCUGAAAGUAUGUAUUAGGGCAGGCAAUACAUUGUUUUCAGAAUGAUCUCUGAACUUGACAUGUCUGUGUGUUAUUGCGUAUUCUAUGUCAGCAAUUUUUAUGUAGGCUACUGUGCAUAUGUUGCAGUCAGCGUUUUUGCCGGUAUAUUCAAUUUGUAUUUGUCCUAGAACUCAUGUUGCAUCAUGUUACAGGUCCCCUCGAGGUCCAUAUUAUACAUUUAUAUUUACAUUUAAGUCAUUUAGCAGACGCUCUUAUCCAGAGCGACUUACAGAUUGGUGCAUUCACCUUAUGACAUUAUACCAUAUACUAUUCAAUCAACUGAAGUAAGUAGUUUACUGAGCCCUUAUUAACUCAAUAUUGACAAUGCUGAAGCAAAUGUAAACUGAUAAAUAAACUGCGUAUUUGUUGAA